AUGGAACGUAGCCCUUCUUCAUCGUUGUACAUCAACCACUCUCCCCAGGGAAGUCGACAAAACAUUUUGGCGUCCUCUUCCUCGCCAAAACCAAGGGUCGAAAGUGAAACAACUUCAACUUCUGACCAGGCCCUUCAGUACGCCACGAAGGAAAUGAUCUUGGAAAAUUUGUUCCAGACACCGAACGGAAUUUCUGACAACUGGGAGUAUCGUCUCGAAGUCGCGCAACAACCGAUUCGAGCGCGCAUGUGCGGAUUCGGCGAAAAGGAUCGCCGUUCCAUCUCGCCCCUGCCGUUCGUCAAGCUACAUAUCACGGAAAACAGUAGGCCUGUGAACAUAGA